AUGAAACCAAAAAAAGGGGAUAAUGGUAAAACGGGGUUGAAGAACCAAAUCUCACGGCGGAAUCUGAAAUUAGGGAUUAUCUCGAGCAACAAAAAACUCUUGGUGGAUGGCGGUGUUGCGUCUGAUAAUGAGGAAAUUGGGUCACUUGGCUUGAUGAACUCAAAUGACGGUGGUAGAAUCGAAAUCAAUCUGUCUAAGGCAGGGCUGGAACCUGAGCAUAAUGGCCAUGAAAUAGGAGGAGGUGAUCCUGCAUAUAAUGCUCAUGGUGAUCUUGUAACCGAUAAAGCUUACAAACGUGCUGCCUUCUUUGUAAAUUUCUCUAUCGGCGACCCACCUUUUUCUCAGCUCGCUCUCAUGGACAUUGGCAAUGACCUUGUAUGGGUCGACUGCGAAAGCUCAACUGCUUUUUACCCCCCUGACUCACACACCUUUUCUGGAUACACAUGUUUUGAUCAUGAUAAUGUUCAUUGCGAUACCUGCUCCUCGGCCAAUCAGUGCAUGUUCAUGAUCCGAUACGUCAGUGGAGAUCCAACUUAUGGUGUCCUUGCAAUAGAGAAAUUCACGUUUGAAACAUCAGAUGAAGGUGACAGAACAUUGCUUGAAGGUGCAGCAACUCCUCUUACUAACUACAAUGGCAUUUACUAUGUUGAUCUUGUAGGCAUUAGUUUAGGAGACAAAAGGCUUGAUAUUGAUCCAAAUCUGUUCAAGAGAUCAACUUCUUAUCGCAAAGAUGAAGUAGCCAUUGACACUGGGUCUCCAUACACUUGGUUAGUCUCAGAGGCAUUUUAUGUUCUUCGUGCUGAAAUCGUGGAAGUAACUGAUGGAUUGAGGAUGAGGAGGCACUAUGAUACAGACGAUUGGGGGUUGUGCUACUACGGGACUGGGAACAUAGCUAGAGAUCUUCAAGGUUAUCCACUUAUGACCCUUCAUUUGGGUAAUGGUGCUGAUUUGAUUUUAGACACUACGAGUAUGUUUUCUCAAUUAACCGCUAGAGCGUUUUGCUUGGCAUUUGGUCCAAGUAGCCAUUAUGGUUAUAACUAUUUCUCGCUUAUAGGAUUGAUGGCUCAGCAGAAUCAUAAUAUUGCUUAUGAUCUUAUUGGAAAGCAAUUAUAUAUCCAGAAGAUCGAAUGUAGUCUUCUUGACGAAGAUUAA